AAUACUUUUGUUACAUAUAAAACAAAAGAAAUUGAAACUAUGCAUUUGAACAAGUUAUCUGUUUUUGGCUUUUUGCACUGAGUUCAAAGUACAGUGAUGUGAGUGUUGUGUUGUGUGGGAGUUACAGAUACUUGAAAUGGCAACUCCUUCUUCUUCUUCUUGUUCAGAGUCAAUGGGAGUUACAGAUACAUGGAAGGCCCAUUUGGGCAUGGCGAUGGUGCAGCUAUUCUAUGGCGGCUACCAUGUCAUCACCAAGGUUGCCCUCAAUGAUGGGGUCAACCAACUAGUCUUCUGCCUCUACCGUGAUCUCCUUGCCUUCUGCAUUCUUGCUCCCAUCGCUUUCUUCAAAGAAAGGCGAUCAAGACCGCCUAUUAAUAAGAAGCUAUUGAUGUCAUUCUUCUUUCUUGGAUUAACGGGGAUAUUUGGCACCCAGCUCUUGUUUCUCAUUGGUUUAAGUUAUACAAAUCCAACUUAUGCUGCUGCUGUACAGCCUGCCAUUCCAGUCUUUACAUUUCUGUUUACCGUAAUGAUGGGUACAGAAAGAGUGAACUUGCUCAGAUAUGAAGGUCUGGCAAAGGUUGGAGGAACUAUUAUCUGUGUUUCUGGUGCCAUAUUGAUGGUGUUUUAUCGUGGUCCAUCUGUGGUAGGAUCUAGAGAAAUGGGUCACAAAGCACAAAGUGAAAUAAGGGCCCAAGGUCAGCCAGAGCCUUCUGGAUGGUUAAUCAGUGGCUUGCAGGAUCUUGGAUUAGACAAUUUUAAAAUUGGGGCUAUGUGCUUGAUAGUAGAAUGUAUUGGCAUGGCUGCUUUUCUAGCUAUUCAGGCACCAGUAUUAAAAAAGUAUCCUGCAAACCUAUCUGUCACAGCAUAUUCAUUCUUCUUUGGAGUUGUACUAAUGGUGCCCGUAUCAUUUUUCAUGACAAAUGGGUCGACUGACUGGAUUUUGACGCGGUCAGAAAUACUUGCCGUUAUUUAUUCUGGAACUAUUGCAUCUGCCCUUAAUUAUGGAAUCAUGACAUGGAGCAACAAGAUCUUAGGGCCAGCUUUGAUUUCCCUUUAUAAUCCACUUCAACCUCUUUUCUCUUCCAUAAUGUCCCAAAUUUUCCUUGGAAGUUCAAUUUACUUGGGAAGUAUUGUAGGGGGAUCAUUUAUCAUUGCUGGUCUCUAUAUGGUUACUUGGGUAUCUUAUAGAGAAAGACAAGCAACUGCUGGAGUUACACCUGGUUCUUUGGUCUCUGAACCAUUUCUUCAUGGAAAAAGUGCAGAUCAGAUAGGCCAUAUCUUUUCAGGAUCCUCCAGCAUAGCCCCGAACCCGAAGUCAUCGGAUUAACAUGUUUGGAUUCACUUUUAAGUUUGUGAGAAUCGCUUCUGCCUCCAUAAACAUAAUAGCUUCUUUCAUAACCACUUCUUUCUGAACGAGGAAAUCUAUGUGUUUCCAAGCACACCAUAGGAAAAUAAACUAUAGAAUGCCAUCAAGGCCUUGUCAAAAUUGGUCUCGUGAUUCUUCAAUCCAUUAUCUAUAGUUGAUAUAUGUGGAAUGUUGUAUGAAGACAAUCUUUUAUCUCUGUGCCCUACUCUCUAUUCUCUCUUGUUUCUCUCUGCCCUUUUCAUCCUCAAACAAACAGUGUAAGCGAGUCACAACUCUUGUGUAUAAAAAAAAAACUCUUGUAAGAAAAGUCAAUUCCACCCGCCUGAAUGUUCCUAA